AUGAUCGGCGAAGAGGUCUGCGACCGUGACAACGUUCACCAGCACUGGACGUUCGAGCCUGUCUUUGGCCGCCACGCCAACGACCCAUUAUCGUAUGACGUCCUCGAAGGUCUACUCAUGCAGUUCGACUCCCUUCCGCAUUGCCGCAAAUCGGAGCAUGAACGUUGGGUUGCCGAAAUCAUGCGUUUUCCGCCGAUGAUGCCAGGGGGUUGCCGCGGUGUCACGGAUCGCAAUGGGCUUAAACAGGCUUGGUUCCAUGGCGAAUCGGUGCCAGGCACACAGGUACAUGUCGACGGAUCACCCGACAUGCAGGAACUCGAGACCGUCAACGUGCUGCUAACGUUGUUCGGCGUGCCCUUGCAGGGCAACUGCGGAAUUUUGGCCCUCGGCAUUCUUGCCGAAGAUUCUAACGCCAACCAUGGCGAGACAACCAUGGCGAGAUAA